AAAUUUUCUUUUGUUUUCCUUUCUUCUUUACUACCACAUAUUCUUCUUACCAAAAAGAUAAAAAAGAUAAAAAUUUAUAUAUUAAAAAAAAUUAAAGGCUAGAAACAAUCUUUUUUCUUAGCUGAACAUAAUAUUCAAAAUUGUUACUACUACAUAUAUUGAUUGGAAAGAUUGGAAAGAGAAGAGAAAAGAGUGGGGGACACAAAGUUGGAGGGGCAAAAAAAAUUAUAGAACAACGCCCUACUUUCCCCCUUCUCAUCUCUUAGAUCUUACUGUUUUCUCAUCUGGGUCGUCUGAUUCUUGAUUUGGGACAAUGCAAUCUGAUCUUGGCAAGUUAUUCAUUGGUGGAAUUUCAUGGGACACGAAUGAAGAGCGUCUCAAGGAGUAUUUUAGUACUUAUGGGGAGGUUUUAGAGGCUGUAAUUAUGAAGGAUAGGACUACUGGUCGUGCCCGUGGUUUUGGUUUUAUUGUCUUUGCUGAUCCUGCUGUUGCUGAUCGGGUUAUCAAGGAGAAACACAACAUUGAUGGCAGGAUGGUUGAAGCGAAGAAAGCUGUUCCAAGGGAUGACCAGAGCACAAUAAGUAGAAGCAGUACUAGCAUUCAGGGUUCUCCUGGUCCAGGACGUACAAGAAAAAUCUUUGUCGGAGGUUUAGCAUCCACUGUAACUGAGAGUGACUUCAAGACCUACUUUGAGCAAUUCGGAACAAUCACAGAUGUAGUGGUUAUGUACGACCAUAACACUCAGAGACCAAGAGGCUUUGGGUUCAUAACUUAUGAUUCGGAGGAUGCAGUGGAUAAAGUAUUGCUUAAGACCUUCCAUGAGCUGAAUGGUAAAAUGGUUGAGGUCAAGCGUGCUGUCCCCAAAGAGUUAUCGCCAGGUCCAAGACUUGGUGGCUACAAUAACUUUCCAUUAAGUAGGAUCAAUAACUUCCUUAAUGGUUAUACACAAGGAUACUCUCCGAAUACAGUUGGAGGAUAUGGAGUCAGAAUGGAUGGUAGAUUUAGCCCCAUUGCUGCUGGAGGUAGGAGUGGUUUUGCUCAAUUUGGUUCUGGUUAUGGAAUGGGUCUUAACUUUGAACCAGGGCUAAGCCCAGGAUAUGGGGGAAAUGCAAACUUCAACAGCAGCUUGAGCUACGGGCGAGGACUGAGCCCUUAUUACGUUAAUAGUUCGAAUAGAUUUGGUGGUCCUAUUGGUUUUGAUGGAGGAAAUGGAGGAAGUAGUUCAUUCUUCAGCUCAGCAACUCGGAAUUUGUGGGGAAAUGGCGGACUGGGGUAUGGAACUAAUUCCACAAGCUCUAGCAACUUUGCGGUAUCUGGCAGUGGGAACAUGGGGGCUGGAAAUUUUAGCAACACUGGAGUUUGGGGUUCAUCUUCAAUUUCCUCCCAAGGUGGAGGAAAUGUUUCUAACCAAAGUGGUAAUCUUGGUUAUGGGGGUGAUGAUAGUUUAUAUGGUUUGUCUGGAGGCUAUGGAAGAAAUGUUACAACAAGCGUGGCUCCUGCAUCAUCAUAUCCUGCAUCUAAUGGUAGCUAUGAUGGGGCUCUUGCUGAUCUUUACAGUGGUGGUUUGGGAUAUAGUGAUUCCGCUUGGCGCUCUGCAAAUUCUGAGCGAGAUGGAUCUGGUUCAAUUGGUUAUGGACUCGGUACUGCAUCCUCGGAUAUGCCACCUAAAAGUUCAGCUAGUUAUGUUAGCAGUUAUGGUGUUGGUAAACGACAGACAAACAGAGGGAUUGGUGGCUAGGAGAAUAUUGCCAAACAAGGGUGUUACAUUAGGGCUAACUGGAGUGCCUGUUUUGAAGGUCUAGAGAUAGAAGUUUACAAGAUUUUGUGCUAAAGGUUUUUUUGUUUUUUGUUUUUUGUUUUGAGUUUAUGUCUUUAGAAAUUCCCUUUCUUUUUCCCUUGAGUGAGGUGUAAAAUCAGAUUGCGGCGUAUAGUCAGAAAUGUAUCAUGCAUCUCUGGUGGGGCAGCGAUACAUACACAACAAAAAUAGACAGAAAGUUUUGCGUAAAAUGUUUAGAUUUAAUGUUUUUUUCCUGCAGUAAUGUUGCUGCAAAGUUGCAGAUUCUUGUCUGGUAAUUUGUUUUGCUUUGUAGUUUUCCCUUAAAUGGGAUUUUUCCUUUAUCAUUUGAAUGUAAGGGAGGUUGUUGAUUUAGUGUGAUACAUUUUAGGGAUACCCAUCUAGGGUCCCCCUAAUGAAUAAAUUACUAUAUACUUUGAUGCUCA